CGUAGUGCACACCUCCGACGACAACGACGAUCACAACUCUCGCGCAGCGAUGAAUCGUCCCAGGGUGUGAUAACGGCACUCUCGUUUUAGCUUCACAGCCGCGCGCGUACUGCUUAUCAGUCAGCCUUGCGAAAAAACAUACAUUUUUCGAUAAUAUCGAUUCAGCUGUUUGGUUUGGUAUAGUUGGUUGAGCGUGUGUCGAGCGGAAUUUCGCAUUUGCAUUUUACGUGGCGAUUUAAUAUGCUGACGACGGGAAGAUGGUCGGAAUCGUCAUCAACAGGUUGUGGGCGCUGUGCUGUGCGGCGGUGGCGCUGACGAUCUUCGUCCCGAUCGUGCGUACGCAACAGCCAUUAGCAGGUGGUGAAGCGGCGCUAAACUCGACCGAGAUCAACCAUCGGAACGCUGACUACGAGUACGAGUACGACGCGGAGUGGCCUCGGUUGAACAGGACGCUGGGUUCGGUGUCUGCGGUGGCGUUCGAUCCCAGUGGGAAUGUGGUCAUCUUUCAUCGAGGCAGGCACGUGUGGAACCUGCUGAGCUUCGAUCAGCAGAAUCGGUACCUGCAGGAGAAGGAUGGUCCGAUCGGGGAGUCGACGCUGUUGAUCUUCCACAACGAAAGUGGUGCACUAGUUGGAGAGUGGGGUGCUAAUUUAUUCUUUAUGCCGCACGGUCUCACGAUCGACCGGAACAACAGCUACUGGAUCACGGACGUCGCGUUGCACCAGGUGUUCAAGUUUGACCUGACGGUGUCCUCGACGAACCCGGUCAUGACGCUGGGAGUUCGGUUCGAGCCGGGCAAAGAUCACGAGCACUUUUGCAAGCCGACUUCGGUGGCCGUCCUGGAGAAUGGAGACUUCUUCGUAGCGGACGGAUACUGCAACGGUCGCGUCAACAAAUACUCCGCCGAUGGUCGGUUGAUCCUGAGCUGGGGCAAGAACUCGUUCGUCCUUACGAGGACCUUCAUGCUUCCAGCCGGUCCCAUCCCGGUCAACUUCUUCGCCAUCCCGCACGCGCUCACGUACGCCGCCGACAAAAAUCUUAUCUGCGUAGCGGAUCGUGAACAAGGUCGCGUUCAGUGCUUCAACGCCAACAACGGAGCGUUCCACUCGAUGUACGAGAGUCCACGAAUCGGAAGUCGACUCUUCAGCGUAAAGUACAUCCCACGGGACGGUGGCCUACUUUACGUGGUCAACGGACCUCAGUUCACCACCGCGGAACCGGUCAACGGACUGGUAAUGUCCAUGACAUCAAAGGAAAUCGUAGGCCGCUUCUUCCCGGAGCACGCCUUCAGCAAUCCGCACGAACUGGCCGUCAGCGACGAUGGCGGUCAGGUUUACGUCGCCGAACUGAACCCUCACAAGGUGCACAAGUUCAAGCGGAAAUCCGGCCUCCCGGAGAACCCAACGCCAAUAAUACUCGAUCCCGCCGAAUCCAAGGUCGAGACAUUUCCACCGUCGGAUCAACCGGUGCUGUACACCGGAGCGCUGACGACGAUCCCGAUUGUGGUCAGCUUGGUGGGCAUCGGAUGUAUGGUGGUUUGCCUCUUCCGGACGUUCUGCGUCAAAUCGCGAGGUGGCCGCCGACAACGGUUCUCUACGCCCAGCGAGAACAUUUCACUGCGCGAGAUGGGCGAGGAUCGGGAAGCAUGACGAUAUUUAUAAACGAAACAUUCCGUUAAGUGACAGUUAACUACGCUGUGAUUGUAAAAACUACUUAAAGCUUUGAAAAGACUAAAAUUCUAAAAUAAAUUGACCUAUUACAUUAAAAGCUU